UGAACCUGAAAAAUGAAGGGCGUUACAUAGUCAAAGGCUAACGGAAAUGCCCUCUUUGUAAGAAGAAGAUUGCGAAAAUUAAGGGCAUGAUCACAUUCACAUACACAUUCAUGUUUUCUUCUUCAUUUUCAUCAUCUCUUUCUCUCCCUUCCUAACCACAAACCCUCCCAUUUUGUCGCCCAUCUUUUCUUUCACUCAAAUAACAACAUUCUAUUUUCCACUUCUGUUCACAGUUGGCAUAAACACUUAAUCACAGACAAACACACAAAAAAAAAAAAAAGACACUCUUGUCGUCAAUUCUCAUCAAUGGCUCCCUCCGACCAAUCUCAUCAUUCUCUUGUCCCUGGAUUCCUGUACUCAUCAAAAACACUGUCCCAUUUGAAUAAUAACACCAAUCAUGGGUUGCCACCAUCAUCCUCCAUUGCAUCAUCAUCAUUGCCACAAGGUCGGACAAAGAGUCCUAUGAUCCUUUCACCCAAAGAGGGAAUCCGCAUGUUUUCUCCUGCUUACUAUGCUGCAUGCAGUGCCGGUGGCAUCUUCAGCUGUGGCCUUACCCACAUGGCUGUCACUCCUCUCGAUCUUGUCAAGUGCAACAUGCAGAUUGAUCCUGUAAAGUACAAGAACAUCACAUCAGGAUUUGGAGUGUUACUGAAGGAGCAGGGCGCUAAAGGUUUCUUCAAGGGAUGGGUUCCUACUCUGCUAGGCUACAGUGCUCAAGGAGCAUGCAAGUUUGGGUUUUAUGAGUUCUUCAAGAAGUACUACUCAGACCUUGCAGGACCCGAGAAUGCAAUCAAGUACAAAACGAUCAUAUAUCUAGCUGGUUCUGCUUCGGCAGAAGUUAUUGCUGAUGUUGCCCUUUGCCCCAUGGAGGCUGUCAAAGUUCGUGUACAAACUCAGCCUGGCUUUGCUCGAGGUUUGUCAGAUGGAUUACCCAAGUUUAUCAAGGCUGAUGGUGUUUCUGGGUUGUAUAAAGGGCUUGUCCCUCUUUGGGGCCGUCAAAUUCCAUACACGAUGAUGAAAUUUGCUUCCUUUGAGACUAUUGUGGAGAAGAUUUACAAAUAUGCGAUCCCAACCCCCAAGGAGCAGUGCAGCAAAACUAAGCAGCUUGGAGUGAGUUUUGCAGCUGGAUACAUAGCAGGCGUACUGUGUGCAAUUGUCUCACACCCUGCUGACAACCUCGUUUCUUUUCUCAACAAUGCAAAGGGAGCCACUGUUGGUGAUGCUGUGAAGAAGAUUGGAGUAGUAGGUCUUUUUACUCGUGGCCUUCCACUUCGUAUAGUUAUGAUUGGAACACUAACAGGAGCCCAAUGGGGACUCUAUGAUUCAUUUAAAGUAUUUGUAGGGCUGCCUACUACUGGAGGAAGUGCUCCUGCUCCUGUUAGGUAGAAACCACACACGCAUGCUUGGAUAUGCAGAACAGAGAUUUUUUUUUUUUUACACAAAUAAUGUUAGCUUGGUAAUGACUGUUUUACCAGAGUGCCACCAUACUUAGUUAUUAAUAUGGAUGUUCAGAUUUUGUCCUUCAAUGAACUUUCUUCGAUUUGUAUUUGAUUAUGUUAGCUCGGUUAUCAAAAGGCAAGACACAGUUUUCCUUUUGAGUUUUGAUUUUCUUAUAGCAUGUUUGGAUAUCCUUUAAAAUCAUGGUAGCUCUGGUUACCUCAAAACCAUGGCAUCACCAUGAUUUCUCCAUUCACCGUGAUUUCAUAAUUGAUUUUGUCUCACCUCAUCAUCA